CUUCCCCUUCCCCCUCCCCCUGACCCGCCCCCGGCCCUCCCCCUGAUCCUGACCCCUCCUUGCCCGCCUCGCGCCCCUUCUCCCGCCCCCCGCCCCAGGUUCCAGGCGGGCGCGGGCGGCUACGCGCUGGAGGUGAGCAUCAACGACUACCUGGACGUGUUCUGCCCGCACUACGCGCCGCCGCUGCCGCCCCCCGAGCGCAUGGAGCGCUACGUGCUCUACAUGGUCAGCGGCGCCGGCCACGCGGCCUGCGACCACCGGCAGCGCGGCUUCAAGCGCUGGGAGUGCAACCAGCCCGCCGCGCCCGGGGGCCCGCUGCGCUUCUCCGAGAAGUUCCAGCUCUUCACGCCCUUCUCGCUCGGCUUCGAGUUCCGGCCCGGCCACGAGUACUACUACAUCUCUGCCACACCACCCAAUGUUGUGGACCAACCCUGCCUGCGGCUGAAGGUGUAUGUGCGGCCAACCAACGAGACCCUGUACGAGGCUCCCGAGCCCAUCUUCACCAGCAACAACUCAUGCAGCAGCCUGAGUGGCUGCCACCUCUUCCUCAGCACAGUGCCCGUGCUCUGGACCCUCCUGGGCUUGUAGUCCUGACCCUGCAGGAUGCCCCCUCCACCUGGAUGGCACACCUGGAUGGCACACCUGGACGGCACACCUGGAUGGCACACCUGGACGGCACACCUGGAUGAUACACCUGGAUGGCCCCAGCUGGACGGGCGCACCUGGAGGGCACACCUGGUUGAUACACCUCGGUGGCACACCUGGGCCCUGAGGGCCUGGCCUCCAAGACCAAAUAGAGACCCCAUAUCUCCACCUCACUGGGUGGGGGCAGGCAAAGACCCCAGUGUCUGAGGGCCGUGGUGUCAGUGGAGCCCCUGGUCAAGCCGUCUCGUUGUUGGGGUGCCGGGGGCUGGGACCCUCCUG